GCAGAUUCUAUCGAUAUUGGCGCUAGCAGCAGAAAAAAAAAGUCCCACCACUGGGAAGCGAAGCUCUGAGACCGAUCGGAUCCUCAUUUACGCCUGCCAGCCUUGCCAACGAACCGCAUCAUUUACCGUGCAAUUUCCAAGUAUCUGUUUAAUUGCCGCGACAAAAAGUGCCCGCGAUCUCGUGGCUUUUUUUUAACUAACGAGGGGGGGAAAACGAGAUACAAUGUCUUCCGACGAGGCGUCCACAAUAGCCCAAGCUAAACCAGCCGGCCCUACCGCCGCCCCCAGUGCCCCCAGCCUGGGAAUGCGGAAAAAUGGCAAGAACUGGCACGCGCCUCGUAAGCCGUUCAGGCCGGGGUCUGGUUUGACUGCGUACGAGAAGCGGGCCAAGGAACGCGUUACCCUGGCUGCCAUCAAGGCCAAGGAGAAGGAGAUGAAGGACGAGAAGGAGGCCGAGAAACAGGCACGAAUCAAGACGAUCAAAGAUAGGCGAGCAGCGAAGGAAGAGAAGGAGCGAUACGAGAAGAUGGCCGAAAAGAUGCACAAGAAGCGCGUGGAGAGGUUAAAGAGGAGAGAGAAGCGCAACAAGGUGCUCAACUCGUGAAUAACGACGGGUCUUUCUUCAAGUUGUCCGGCGCCGCGCGGGCUCUGUUCGGCAGAACACCCGGCCUAUGCAACAGACUGCAGUCCCGGAACGCUCGGUCGGACACCGUUUACGUGCCUCAGCACAGAAAAAGUCUUUGGCACUGGUUUCCGGGCAAUCUCGAUCUGGAUGAGAAAUACAGGUUUGCGAUUGUGGCAGAGGAAGAAGGAUUUCAGGUUAACGGCACUACCGCUUCUUAGCCUUUGACAAGAAUGGCAUAGGCCUAUCAGACAUCACAGGGCGGAUUCAGGCUGCAUUUGUCCGCCAACAGGCCGAUACGGAGGACACGACGCCUGCCCAUAAAGUUGGGCUUACUAUAUUGCCUAUCCUGGGUCACAGUGGUUUCUGGGAAGAUACACUCGGUACGAAAACAGACCGCGAGUCAAUGGUUGUGGUUGUUGCAAAUAGCUAGACGGCGGGAGUAAGUGCAUAGGCGAACGGUACACCGCAAGUCUUGAUAGCGAAUUGCAAAAUGAAACCAGCGCAAUAAAACAUGAUUAUGAUCACAAGAAUUUAAAGUGAUCUCCAAUUAGAAAAUGAG